UUCCUCUCUGACGGUUUUUGCCCGGACACAAUUUACCAGGGUAUUGUUUCCCACUGACCCCGGAUAACGCAGAAUGGCCAGUGACGCAACGCUGAGAGAAGGCGUGCGGCAACAUUUAGCCUCAUGGAUCAGGAAGUUAGACUGUGGCGGGGACAUUGAAAAACAGCAUUUUUUCAAAACCAAAUUUAUUCAGUCAUUAAAAACAUCUCCAGUUGCCAUAGAAACGGACAAAGCUAACGAACAACACUAUGAAGUUCCUACCGAAUUUUUCAAAACGGUACUUGGACCUCGUCUUAAAUACAGCGCAUGCGCAUGGGACGCCGGGACCAAAAAUCUAGAGGAGGCCGAGAAUAAUUCAUUGAAGAUCUACUGUGAGCGAGCACGUCUCGAGGAUGGCCAUACCGUUAUGGAUCUUGGCUGUGGAUGGGGAUCACUUGGGCUCUACGUCCUGGAAAAAUUUCCAAAGUGCCAUGUGACUUGUGUCUCUAACUCGAACACACAGCGUCUCUAUAUCGAAAGCGAGGCUGAACGAAGAGGCGUGUCCGACCGAUUGGAAUGUAUCACAGCAGAUGCGCGGUCGUUCACCACUGGGAAGCGGUAUGAUCGCAUUAUGUCCAUCGAGAUGUUUGAGCAUAUGAAGAACUAUGAAAUCCUAAUGCAGCGGGUCUCGUCCUGGCUCAAGCCGUCCGGCAUGCUUUUCCUCCAGAUUCUCUGUCAUAUUAGCCAUCCGUAUUCAUUCGACACCAAGCCGGGUUCAGACACGGAAUGGAUGGCUAAAAACUUCUUCAGUGGCGGAACAAUGCCUUCAUCCGACCUAUUCCUUUAUUUUCAGAGAGACGCUUGCCUUGUCGACCAAUGGAUUUGGAAUGGCAAGAACUAUUCUAAAACACUUGAGGCAUGGCUGACCAAGCUUGACCAGAACAUCGAAGCUGUUAAGGCCCUAUUCCAGUCAGUAUAUGGUCAAGAGGCUGGACAGCAGUUAUUUAAUUGGAGGUUGUUUUUCAUCUUCUGUUCCGAAGUUUUUGGUUACAGUGAAGGAAAUCAGUGGCAUGUAGCCCAGUACCUGUUUAGACGUCAGGCAAAAAGUUCACUUUAAAAAUCAAAAUGGCCGACCUAACAAUGGUGUGUAUUGUGUAUAUACGACCACAUGAUUUUAAUCAUGACUUAAGCGAACUUUCAUGGUUGAAGACACUGGUAACAGAAAAUACCUUGUUUUUUAUUCAAUGAAUGGACAGCCAAACGAUGUGUGGCAGCUUAUUAAGAUAGAUAGCAAAAUAUGGGCUAGAAUGAUGUAAUUAUGACGUCACAAUGAUGCCGAUUUGGUUGAUGACGUCAUUUUGGAUAUUAUGACUGAGUGGUGUGUAUUAGAUUGUUUGUAAUUAACCAAUUAAUUUGAUUUUACUCUUAAGUCAAUUGAUAAUAAUAUGGUAUAUUUAUAUAUUAUUCAUAUUUGUAUGCUGUUAAUACAUGUGAUGUUAAAAUAAACUCCGACAAUCAU